AUGACCUUUCACCCCGAUAGUCUCCCCGACCUCACUGGGAGAGUGUACAUUGUUACGGGUGGUAACUCUGGGAUGGGGUUAUUCACGGUGUCCCACCUAGCAAGACAUGGCGCCCACGUCUAUAUGUGUUCACGGUCUCGCGACAAAGGAAACAAAGCUAUUGCCGAGAUUCAAAAAGAUCACCCUUCCACCAAUAUUGACCUGUUACAAAUCGAUCUGAUGGAUCUCGGAAGUGUCGUGGCUGCCGCUAAGCACUUCCUCUCUCUUGAGACAUCCCUCCACGGCCUGGUCAACAACGCAGGCAUCAUGGCUACGGCAUUUCAGAUCACCAAAGAUGGGUAUGAAGCUCAGUGGGAGACGAACUAUCUUUCCCACUGGGUUUUCACGGAAAAUCUCAUCCCAGUGAUGCUGAAAACAUCAAAGUCAUCCCCUCCCGGAACUGUGCGUAUAGUCAACCUCUCUUCAUCUGGCCAUCUAAUGGCCCCUAAGGGCGGUAUCAACUUCGACGACACAUCUCUCAAAGACGGGAACGUCUGGGAACGUUACGGCCAAAGCAAACUCGCCAAUAUUCUGCAUACCAGAGCUCUACACAACAAAUACGGCCCCGGCUCAGGUAACAAAGAAGGCGAGAUUUGGGUAACAUCAGUGCAUCCCGGUCUUGUAGAGACAAAUCUCUUGUCGAGUGCGGAUUCAGCUGAGAUUGGGAGCUCGCGACUCCUGCCGCUGCUGAGAUGUAUGAAACUGUUCUGGACUGCGGAUCGAGGCUCCUGGAAUAGUCUUUUCUGUGCAGCGAGUCCGGAUAUGAGACCUGAGCAGAGUGGAGAGUAUAUGGAGAUCUACCAUCGGCUGUUUGAGCCUUGGUGGCAGAAUAGUGCGGCGAAGGAUGAGGAGUUGGCGAAGAAGUUGGAUGAAUGGACGAGGGAGACUAUGAGAAAGGAGGGAUGGAUUCAGUAG